AUGUUUAUAGAUGACAAACCGUUUGUUAAACAAUUUGGCGCUCCUUGGGAGCCUAGGCAGGCUAACGUCGCGGUUUCUGAACCGUCUGGUACUGAACCCUCCGGAACAAAGCUGGCAGUCCAGAUAAAAGAGAGCGUCGAUGAAGCUAACACUGCUGCUGCCGAUGAUUGUGACGUUCUUACGGAUCUAGAGAUAACCUCCAAACAUAAUCCCGAUCCGCAAACACCCACCGCAAAAAGGCAAAACCAUGAUGGCUUAAGCGAAUCGACGACCGUGUGUGAUGGGGAACUUUCUUCGACAAAACUUAAAAAGAUCAUCAAGUUGGAGAAAUAAAAUGUAGUUGUAAUCUUGUUUUGAAACACCGUUUUGUAUUGGCAUGUACUUUUUUGAUACUGUGUCGCGUGCCGCUAUAUGCAAGU